AUGGAACCAUCAAAUAAUGAGAUUUUAGAUGCUCCACUUCAUGAAGUUGGCUUUAAGAUCUCAGAAAUCUCCUCUCAAAAAAUCACAGGCCAUUUUUCGGUAACCGAAAAAUGCUGCAACCCAUUCAAGGUGUUGCACGGCGGAGUUUCAGCAUUAAUUGCUGAAGCUCUGGCGAGUAUGGGUGCCCACGUGGCGUCCGGAUUUCAAAGAGUAGCUGGAGUUCAUCUAAGUAUUCACCAUCUCAAGAGUGCUCAUCUAGGUGAAUUUGUUUAUGCUGAAGCUACACCUCUUAAUAUUGGAAAAUCUAUUCAUGUCUGGGAAGUGAAAUUAUGGAAAAGUGAUAAUUUUUCAAAAUUGGGAGAAGAUAGAAUUUUGAUUUCAUCAUCUAGGGUUACUGUCAAGACUAACAUGGCUGUACCAGAAAAUGUCAAAGAUGCUGCUCUGAAUCUCAAGAAAUAUGCCAGGUUAUGAU